AUGGGUUUCGCAACUACAAUCCUUCACUCCCAGUUCUUCGUCAGGCCACCGGUGCCCUCGUCCGAUUUCUCCGACCAAACAGUUGUUGUGACAGGCACCACAUCUGGUCUUAUAUACGAAGCAGCGAAACAUGUACUGCGUCUUGGGGCGUCGAAGCUCAUCCUUGCAGUGCGCAAUGUUCAAAAAGGCGAACAGGUUGAGCUGGAUCUCAGCAAAUUCGCGUCUGUGAAGAAGUUUGGUGGGCGUAUCAAGACAUUGGACCGCUUGGACGCCGUUAUACAGAAUGCGGGCAUCAUGACCAGCAAAUUCACUUCGGUUGAAGGAUGCGAGAGUCAAGUAGCAGUAAAUGUUAUCGGUCCAGCGCUUCUCGGCUAUCUUGUUAUCCCCAAACUUCAAGAAUCCGCGGCCGAAACUGGAAGUCGGGGAAGACUGGCUUUUGUAGGAAGCGACCUCCAGUUCCUUGCACCCUUGAAGGAAAAGUCCCGUCCACGCAGUCUCCUUACGGCACUCAAUUCGGAAGAGCACGUUGACAUGAGCAAUCGCUGGAUUGCUUGUGUGAUCAGGCGCUUUAUCAUUGGAAUCGUUGCACGGUCCACCGAAGUUGGCAGCCGCACUCUGGUUUUUGGUGUGAAGCCCGAACUUGGCGAGGAGUGUCACGGUGCAUUCCUGAUGGACUGCAAAGUUUGCGGAGAUUUAACCAGCAACACGAAGUCGUCCGAGAUGAAAGAGGCCAAAACAAAAUUCUUGGGCGAGCUUCGUCCACGCUUGCAGGAAAUCUAUCCUGAAGUUCCCCUGAAGUUCCCUGAAGGAAAUUGUGGAUCGCAUAUUUGGGAAAAGAGUGGAUACAUAUGGGGGUGCUGA